UUAGACCCCCCUCCCCCCCUCUUGCGUUACAUAAUUUAUGGACGGCGCCUAAGACUCGGCGAGCAACGAGUACUAAUUAAUAAUCAGUAAUCCUUAAUUGUGCAGUGAACUUUAAUAGAAACAAAGUAAGUAAUUCAGCAAGGCUAAGGAUAAAAAGACAAUAGCCAAAAAAGGUCAUUGCUAUUACGUAUAUGACGUUUGAAUCCAGGUGCAUUGACAUAUGUAAAUUUGCUAACAAUAAGUUCAACGGCGCUAAUCAGACAUUCAUUAUCUCACACUUACAUACGUUUACCCAUCCAGAUAUCGCCAUUACGCGCAUCACCCAUUGUGAUCCAGGGAAAUGCAUGUAAACCUUUGAAUGCGUUGUCCUAACAAUUUCAUUGUCAGGGAAUGAACUGAUUGAUUAUUGGGCGCGGAACGACACGUAUAAGACUGACUGCCGUACCAGAUACGAUAGUCAGUGGCGUUUGGAUAACCACCACGAAAUCUUCUCGGCAAAAUUCACUCAACAGGGAUAACCCAGGCCGGUUUUCGUGAUAUAGAAAUUUUGGAACAAGAUUGAGGGGAAGUCACCAUGUCAUUCUGCAGAAGUGCCUUUCACGAUAAAAAUUAUACAUUUUCAUUCCUCCUCGGACUCCUCGGCUUUAUUUCCGUAAACUCCGAAUAACUAUCACCAAAUAUGCAAGUAGGUCUGACCUGCUAUGCAAACGCAGUCGCUGCCGCAAUCCAUUUAGCAACCAGGAUGGUUUCCCAGGGGGAAGGAGGUUACCCCCAUUUUGAUGAUAUACUGAAAAAAAUUGUUACUGAAUUUGGGGAAAAUGGGGCGGACACAGACAAAGUGCUGCAAAAAUAUGCACCCGAGUACCGGCUGCGGUACAGAAAUCUAGCUGACGAGGAACAAGCCAGACUUGCAGUUUCCCAGGGGAGACCAGUAAUCGCAAGAUUUUGGCUUUAUAAAGAGGAGGAGGGCAGGCCAGAAGGACAAUGGGGGGAUUUUGAAAAAUUCUUUAAAGAUAAUCCGAUCGGGGUUUUGACAAAGAAGGAUCUUCGUGUUCAGAAUACCGGCAGGCUUGGCAGACAUGUCGUCCUGCUGGUGGAUUAUGAACCAAAUGCACUAGUUUUUAUGAACUCUUGGGGAAUCGAUUUUGCUGAUGGGGGAUAUUUCCGUGUGGAAAAUGCGGAUGUGCUGGGGCUUGAAUUUUACGACGUGUUUUUCCACAAAUCCGAUUUAUCGAAGGAAGAAAUCCAAGCGUACGGAAACCAAGGAUCGGAUCCGUCAACGACCGGGUCUCUCGAAAGCUUGAGUACAGUUUCACUUUCUGGAUUAGCAGCGGACCUGCCAUUAGAUGGAGAGCAGUGGUCAACGCCGACCGUUCACGCGGCGACGGUGGCGUGAAAAUGUAUAGUGGUCGGUAGCAGCGGCGUGGUGAGCAAAUAUCGGGGGUCACCUAUAUACAUAAAUUACUAAACGUAUGUAUCUGCAAUUAAAUAAUGUUUAAUUAAAAAAUUUCUAAUUUAUUAAAAACACUUAUUCAUAAA